AAGCCGGUGCACCGUCUUCCUACCAGGGACAUAUAUUCGCGCUUCUGUAGGGACCUUUCCGUAAUUACACCAUCUCGCCGGUCACCGUCGGCCGUCCUCGUCGUGCUCUACCCAACGACGGGCGCCGCGUUCAACGAGCACACACGUCUUCCGACUACCUCCCGAACCCUUCGCCUUCUCCACCGAACCGAGCCCCGACGCCGACGGCCAUGUGCAUCGCGGCGUGGACAUGGCAGGCUCACCCGGCGUACGGCCUGCUCCUCCUCUUCAACCGCGACGAGUACCACUCCAGGCCGACGAGGCCAGCGCAGUGGUGGGCCGCCGCGGGGGAGGAGGGCGAGGAGAUCCUCGGGGGCAGGGACGAGCUAGGCGGGGGCACGUGGCUGGGGUGCACGAAGGGAGGGAAGUUGGCCUUCCUGACCAACGUCCGGGAACCCAGCCCCCGGGAUGGGGCGAGAUCCAGAGGGGAGCUUCCCGUCAGGUAUCUCCAGGGCAGGCAGGGUCCAUUGGAGUAUGCAACUGAAAUUGCAAAGGAAGCAGAUCAGUACAAUGGUUUUAAUCUUGUAUUGGCUGAUGUGCAUUCAGGAACCAUGGUGUACAUCUCUAAUAAGCCAGGUGACGCUCCUGUGGUUCAAACAGUUUCUCCUGGGUGUCAUGUGCUUUCUAAUGCUGCUAUUGACUCCCCUUGGCCAAAGGUGUUGCGCUUGGGACAGAGCUUCAACAGAUUUCUUGCAGCACAUGAUGACGCAGAAGUCUCUUUGAAGCAGAUGGUUGAAGAACUGAUGACAGAUACGGUCAAGGCUGACAGAUCUGCGGUGCCUGACACUGGCGUGGAUCCUGACUGGGAAUACCAGUUGAGCUCUAUAUUCAUCGACACAAAAAAGGGACAGGCAAGAUACGGGACACGAAGCAUGGCUGCCAUUGGGGUGAAACUGGAUGGUGAGGUAACUUUCUACGAGAGGUCCUUGGCCAGCAGCUUGUGGAAUGAGAAUGUAGUACAGUUUGAAAUGGAUAUGGCACAAUAGCAAGACUUGCGAGGAACGUAUAUUGGGUGUGAGUGGCACAGGAAAACUGAGGGUGGUAGAUACGAUUGUACUCCUUCCGUCCCAAAAUAAGUGACUCAACUUUGUACUAGUACAAUGUAUUAGUACGAAGUUGAGUCACUAAUACUAGUACAAAGUUAAGUCACUCAUUUUGGUGGUUGUGACUAUUUUUUUAAGAGAAACUUCCGAUCUAUGCA